AUUACAUAAUUAAUAAAUUUUAAAUAAACUACUCCGUAUAAUAGUACAAAUUUAAAAUAAUUAAACCAUACAUUGAUUCGAUUCCAUACUUCAUACUCCGUAUGAACUAGCAAAUACGGUGAAAGUGUGAAUUAAUCAAAAUAACAGUAUAAAUGUAGAUUUAAAUACGUAGUAAUAAUCAUAGGCAAUGACAUUGUUGUGAUUUUUGCCCACCCCAGUCGCUACACCCCAAGUUAGGGACAUUCUACACUUCCGACACUCCACACACAGCCGCAGGUGAAGACUGAAGAAGUGGGAGGUGAAGAAGCCGCAGGUGAAGAAAGAGGCAGAGAGUUGCCACUUCGCCCAGACUUCCCUCCGGAUAAAUACCGUCACUCGCUGGUGAUCCGCAGGUUGUUUCUUAGCAAUGACUGAUCAAGGCACUGUGGUGACUCAAUCCUUGACUGCCAUGGACUAUGAAUCUGCUGAUCAUAAAAUUGGAGGUUCAAAUACUUCUGAACUGGAGAACAAUGUGGUUCCUGAAACCUCUGUAGAAUAUUCAGCAACACAUACUGCGCCACUUGUGGAUAGAAGUUCUGAUGUAGGUGCGGCUAGGUUUACAGACUCUGCUCAGCAGGAAAUCCCUACUGUCCCUGUACAAGUAGAUGCAUCUCAAGCUACCUCAUUUACUACUUCUCUAAAUGGAAAUAAUAGCGAAGUGAGAGAUGCAGUAUUCACCAGUGUCAUAGAAAAUGGAAUACAAUCAGACAGUAUUCAUGAUUCCGCCACAAUGCAUCAGCCAGUAGGUGAUUCUGCAAUAUCUCAUGAAGAGGAACGAUUAUGGAGCAUUGUGAGAACAAAUUAUCUAGAUUUUGGUGCCUGGACUGCCCUUAUAGAGGAAACUGAGAAAGUAUCAGAGGGGAACAUUGUGAAGAUUCGUAAAGUUUAUGAUACAUUUUUGGCGGAGUUUCCUUUGUGUUAUGGUUACUGGAAGAAGUAUGCAGAUCACGAGGCACGGAUUGGUUGUAUGGAUAAAGUUGUUGAGGUAUACGAGCGAGCAGUUCAAGGAGUGACAUAUUCUGUAGAUAUGUGGUUGCAUUAUUGUGUAUUUGCCAUAAACACAUAUGGAGAUCCUGAAACAAUUAGAAGGUUGUUUGAAAGAGCGUUGGCGUAUGUUGGAACAGACUACCUAUCAUUUCCUUUGUGGGAUAAGUACCUCGAAUAUGAGUAUACACAACAAUCAUGGCCACAUGUUGCCACAAUUUACACACGGGUUCUGGAAAUUCCAAACCAACAAUUGGAUCGCUACUUUGAAGGUUUCAAGGAGCUGGUUGCCAGUAGGCCACUAUCAGAAUUGCAUACUGAUGAAGAAAGGGAAGCAGCAGCAGCAGUUGCUGCCGGUUCUGAUACCACCAUUGUUGAGCAAGUUGAAGGAGAGGUUCAUCCUAAUACAGAGUCUUUGAAGCCUGCAAGUUCAAGCCUAAAGGAUGCAGAGGAGUUGGAGAAAUACAUCUCCAUUAGAGAAGAGAUCUAUAAGAAGGCCAAAGAGUUUGAUUCUAAGAUCAUCGGGUUUGAAACUGCCAUCAGGAGACCCUACUUCCAUGUUCGCACCCUAAAUUCUGCAGAGCUCGAAAAUUGGCACAGUUAUCUUGAUUUCAUUGAAGGAAAUGAUGACUUCAAUAAGGUAUUUGGGACUAUUGUUAUACUGGGUGUUUUUCAGUCUAUGUGGUUAGCUUUUUCCGUCCUCAUUUCGUAUUGACUAACAGUUAAGUAAUAGCUGCACCAUAUGCUUUAUCGGCUAAAUCAUCACAUGAAGCAUCUUUAAAAUGGGAUAUUGAACUUGGAUCACGCAGGAACCAUCCAAUUUGCUUUCUGUCUCUUAUCUUCCUAACCAUGUCAGUCAAGGACGGUCCCUCAUUGAUAAUAGAGGGGCCUCCAUGAUCCGCCCAACGGAGUUGUCAAACUAUAUGAGCGAUGCCUGAUUGCUUGUGCGAAUUAUCCUGAAUAUUGGAUAAGAUAUAUUUUGUGCAUGGAGGCUAGUGGAAGUAUGGAUCUUGCUGAUAAUGCUAUUGCUCGUGCAACUCAAGUUUUUGUGAAGAGACAACCUGAGAUUCACCUCUUCGCUGCUCGAUUUCGAGAACAGCAGGGUGAUAUUCCUGGAGCCCGAGCUGCAUAUCAACUUCUUCACUCUGAAAUUUCACCUGGGCUUUUGGAAGCAACUAUUAAACAUGCCAACAUGGAACAUCGACUUGUUUCUGGCAAAGUGGAAAAAGCUAGAGAAAUCAUUGAUCAGGCAGUUGAAAAUGGAAACUUGUCUAAACCACUACUUGAGGCAAUCAUCCAUUUAGAAUCAAUUCAGCCACAUACAAAGAGAAUCGAUUAUUUGGAUCCCCUAGUUGAUAGAUUCAUUGUUCCUACAAUUGAUGCAUCUACUGUUGCAAGCAUUGAUGAAAGAGAAGAGUUAUCAAGCAUUUAUUUGGAGUUUUUGGACCUUUUUGGGGACACAAAAACUAUCAAGAAAGCUGAUGAUCGACAUGCCAAGCUCUUCUUAUGUAACAGAACCUCUUUGUUAGAGUCAAAGAAGCGUCAUGCAGAUGAUUAUCUGGCUUCUGACAAGACAAAGUUGGCUAAAGCUGGUACCCCAGUUGCUGUAUCAGGAGUGGGGUCAUAUCCUGCUGCUGUGCAGAACCAGUGGCAUGCAGGUUACGGCAUACAGCCCCAAACUUGGCCACAAACAACUCAUGCUCAAGUUCAAGCUCAGCAGUGGAAUCCUGCCUAUACCCAACAAACGGCUGCAUAUAAUGCCUACGGUAGCUACGGAAGUGCUUAUGGAGCUACACAAGUACCUCCUACAUCAGUACCUCAAGCUGCACCUUAUGGAGCUUAUCCUUCAACAUAUCCUUCACAGAAUUAUGCGCAGCCGGCUGUCGCAGCAACUCUAACACCUGUACAGCAGCCAGCGCCUGCAGCAGUUCCUCCUACCAUUUACCAUUGAGGAUAGAGUUUAGAAGUCAGAUUUUGAUGAAUCUCUGAAGAGUGUUGUUUUGGUGUGGUUCAGAGUUGAGUUGACCAGAUCUCUUAGGGACAUGAAAACUAGUACCCUACCAUUUUGUUCAUGGUGGAUGGGCGUUCCCUGUUGACAAUUGUAGACCACUCUGUAGUUUUUAAUGUUAUUAGUUUAUAUUCUAAUGGGAAAAAUAAUUAAAAUACCCCUAACUUUGAAGGGGUGUGAGAUAAACACCCCAAAUUUUCAUAAGUGAUUUAAUACCCCGAACAUUUUACAAAAAGUUAUUUUAACACCAUGAUCAUGUAUUAUUUAUUUCAAAAAUAUAAAUUUAUGGUGUUAAUUGCAUAAUUUAAAAUAGCAAAUUGAAAAUGUUGCAAUUAUAUGGAGUGGAAGGGUUAAUACUAUUUAUUUCAUAAUGUAAGUUUAGAAUGCUAAUUGUAUCUGCAUGAAUGGUAAAAUAUUUGUAAUUAUGAAAUUAACACCAAAAAGUAGCAUUUUUUGAAAGAAAUAAUACAUGAGCAUGGUGCUAAAAUAACUUUUUAUACAAAGUUUGGGGUAUUUAAAUUACAUAUGCAAGUUUGGAGUGCUUACCUCACACCCCUUGAAAGUUUGGGGUAUUUUAAUUAUUUUCCCCUAUUCUAAUUGGCGCGUUACAUUUCUCUCUUUUGAAUUUUGAUAUACUUGUUAAUUUUGUGCCUUACGUUUUGUUUAUGUACCCGAGGAUAUAUUAGUUAUCAUUUAAAGAGUUGGAAAACAUAACUAUUA